CGGACACAGACACCGAGACCGAGAGGACGCGACGACCCGGGAACAUAGGAGCCUUCGCCAUCGGGACACGGAUUCGCAGCACCAACGAGCGCGACGUUAUGAACCGCUAUGCGAAGGACCGGAAUCCGCCAUGGUGGAACCGGCGCACGCGAAUGGAGCGGACGCUGUGCGGCGUCACCACGGUGUCCAUGGUCAUGUUCCUGGCCAUGGCGGUGGCCCUGGCCGUCCUCGGAUACCACUACCAGGAGAACCUCGGGCGCAGCGGCGUGCCCUUCCCCUCGAACGCGGACCGACUCAUCGGAAGCGCAGGGGUCGGAGAAGACAGCGCCAAGCUCUGCCUCUCGCCGGGCUGCGUCAACGCCGCGUCCACCCUGCUCCAGAACAUGAACCAGAGCGUGGACCCGUGCGAGAACUUCUACGAGUUCGCGUGCGGCGGCUGGGUGCAUCGGCACCUCAUUCCGGAGGACAAGUCUUCGCUGUCCCAGUUCUCCCUUAUCCAGGACCAACUGGACGCUAAACUGCGCACGCUGGUCGAGGAGCCGCCGCAGGACUCCGAGCCAGGCUUCAUCCACAAGAUGAAGCACAUGUACCGGUCCUGCUUCAACACCAGUCUUAUCGACUCGUACGCCGAGGAGCCUCUGCAGAAGGUUCUGAAGGUGCUCGGAGGCUGGCCUGUGGUCGAGGGACCCGGAUGGAACGCGUCCAAGUUCCACUGGCUGGACGCGCUCAUACAGUACCGCAACUUCGGCUACAGCCAUGACAUUCUGCUCGACCUGUCUGUCAUCCCGGACUUCCGCAACAACACGCGGUACAUCAUCGACUUGGAUCAGACGUCCCUGGGGCUCCCGGAUCGCACCUACCUGCUCAAGGGGCUGAACGACAGCGCCGUGGCGGCCUACCUGAAGCUCAUGACGGAGGCCGCCCAGUUGCUCGGUGCCGACAAGAAGUCAGCAGAGGCCGAGCUCCGGGAGGCGCUCCAGUUCGAGACCACGCUGGCCAACUAUUCGUUGCCACGCGAAGAAAGGCGCAACAUAAGCAGGCUGUACAACAAGAUGCCCCUGUACGAGCUCAAGAAGCUCGCACCACAGAUCGACUGGGACCGCUACUUCAACUCGCUGCUCGUCGACAAGGUGGCCUCGGACGAGCCCAUCAAUGUGGUCGUGCCCGAGUUCGUGCAACAGUUCGAGUCUCUAAUCCUGCGCACGCCGGCGCGCACCGUCGCUAACUACAUGGUGUGGCGCGUGGUGCUCCAGUCGUACGCCACGCUGGGCAAGCCAUGGCGCGAGCGGCUCCAAGAGUUCAACGCAGUGCUGACGGGCAAGACUCGCGAGACAGCCCGCUGGGAGCAGUGCAUGGGCUCGCUCACGGGCUCCCUGGGCAUCGCGCUGUCCUCGCUCUACGUGCGGCACUUCUUCCAGGAGGACAGCAAGGGCGCAGCGCUGGACAUGGUUAACUUCAUCCUCAAGGAGUUCGUGGCCAUCCUAGACGACAUAGACUGGAUGGACGAGCAGACGCGGCAACGUGCCCGGCAAAAGGCCCAGGCAAUCCAGCCGUACAUCGGAUACCCCGAGGAGCUACUGCGCGACGCGCUAGUGGAAGAGCACUACCGCAACGUGACGCUGCGACCAGACGCGUACUUCGAGAACAUCAUGCGGCUGCGCAAGUGGUCCACGGACUACGCCUUCGGGCAGCUGCGCAAGCCGCACAUCAAGGGCGAGUGGAAGAAGCACGCCCAGGUUGCUGUGGUAAACGCCUACUACAACAGCCUGGAGAACUGCAUCGAGUUCCCUGCUGGCAUCCUGCAGGGAGCCUUCUUCUCUAAAGAUCGGCCCAGCUAUAUGAAUUACGGCGCCAUCGGAUUUGUCAUCGGCCACGAAAUUACACACGGCUUCGACGAUCGUGGGCGUCAGUUCGACAAGGACGGCAACAAUAUCAACUGGUGGGAGCACGAGACAGACCUCAAGUUCCGCCAGAGGGCUCAGUGCAUCGUGGAGCAGUACGGAAACUACACGGUAUCCGAAGGCACCAUGAAGGUGAACGGCGUGAACACACAGGGUGAGAACAUCGCCGACAACGGAGGCAUCAAGGAAGCCUUUAACGCUUACAAGAAGUGGGUGAAGGAAAACGGUCCGGAGGCCGGGCUGCCGGGCCUCAAGUACACCCCAUCGCAGCUCUUCUGGAUCAGCGCCGCCAAUGUAUGGUGCGGCAAGUACCGGCCCGAGGUCAUGAAGCUCCGCAUCCUCUCGGGCUCGCACAGCCCGGCUCCAUUCAGGGUCAUCGGUCCCAUGUCCAACACGCCUGAGUUUGCCGCGGAGUUCAACUGCCCGGUCGGAUCUCCCAUGAACCCAGUCAACAAGUGCACUGUCUGGUGAUUCCCGACCUCCUCGGAAUAAGAUCUGAUCGCUCUCGCAACCCCAAGGAGCAUGCGUCGUCCACUUCCUCUCGCGGCACCCUCUCACCCGAAGGGGAUUUUCCGCGGUACGCCCCUCCUUCCCAACAGGAUCCCGAACACGGGGUCCUAACCGGUGUCUCACUUUCGACCCCACUUUUGACCACACCAUCCCUGCCGUCGAGGGCCAGGCGCCGCAUAGUCAACGCGAACCCUCAUUGUCAAUCCCAUCGCCCCCACCAAUAGCUAGACUGGCAGCGGGAUACUCCUUGUAUGCUCUUGGGAUUCCAUCUACGGCCCCCUCAGGUUGCAGUCUACGGAUAUGGCGGAAUCACAAUGUCUUGUCGUGAUGGCUAUGGCGUGCAGCAUCUGUGAUUCAGUUAAACUUUUCAUUACACCCAUGUACAGACUACUACAAUAUGAAAGACCCAAUCGCCGUGGCAGUUUAUGCGGUGCUGCUAUGUAUAGACGCUUUCAGCGCGCGCCAAAUUCAGCCGCCAUAGCCGACCUUCUCUUGUCUUACCGAGAUGUCGAGCGACUGAAGCGGGCGUUGACGAGUCUCCACAAGGGCCUAUGCUGGGGAGAAGGACACGGUAGAAUCUGAAAUGGCAAUUACCUGUCCUGCUGUGGUAAUGAAGAAGUGGAUCGAACGAAAUAAGAGGAAACAAAAGCUGAAGGUCGGUUAUGGCGGCGCCCAUGCACAGCUGCCUGAAAGCGUCUAUACUUCGGUCAGAGGCCCUUCUCAGAGACACAAUAGAAGAAGGUCAAUUUACUUUCCCACUCCUUGCAAUGUGAACGCGGCCUAAGCGAAUGCCGCAGAACCGCCAGCAACUGCCUCGUGGAAGGGGUCAUACGCAUUGUUGGAGAAAGUACAUUCUUUCAGCGCCAUUACUCGCACGUCAUCAAGGUUGCCAACCUGCCAAGCCGCGGUCCAAGAACUUGUCCACAGAUGACGCCAUGAACGCAUAAGGUCAUUGUCAAAAAACGCAAAGCGUAUGGUCACGUCGUCUGCGCAUUUUGAGCAGCCUCACGCCAAAGUUUGUACGAACAGGGACUCUAAAUUGUUCACUUGGCGAGAAAGUCGGCGAGAUCGCCUACCGCUGCGAUUGGCCAGCGCAGAUAUCUCGCCGACUUUCUUACCGAGUGUCCAACUUAGAGCUCCAGAGCGGUCCCUCCAGCCCUUCAUUUCUCAGCGGUCAUCUUCGUCGUGCGGUGUCCUGCCCUCGGCCGGUCGAGUUCAGGCGCGCUGCCCGCUCGCAGCGAGCGUCGGCCCUUCUGCGGGUCUUGUACAUAGAUCGCGCGUUAUCGGCACACGGUCCUGUCGUCGCGCUCUUGUUUUCUCACACCCCUGCUGGGUGAAAUAAAAGUGAUACAUUCA